AUGGCUGGGAUAAAGGUUCGACGUCGCCGACCCGAGGAGAUCCCCGUAGGGAUCAUCUUCAAGUUGAAGCAAAACGAGAGUUCGAAUAGCAUUAUCAACUUCCGCUCGGUCAUUUGCCAUUGCAGCGCUACUCAGGCGUGUCGAGAGAAGUCCGCGCCUAGUGAGAAGGGAGGGUAUCUGUACUGGCAAGCUAGAGUGGGAUGA